GGUGCCGGGGGCUGUGCCCGCAGGAUGCUCCUGCGCUCCUGGAAGUCUCUGUUCACGGGGCGGCUGCUGCUCCUGACCAACACCCUGAGCUGCGGGGGGCUCCUGGCGGGCGGGGACCUCCUGCAGCAGCAAUGGCACCGCCGCAAGCACCCCGAGAGCCAGCACCAACUGGGACGCACUGGCCGGAUGUUUGCGGUGGGCUGCAGCCUGGGGCCGCUGAUGCAUUACUGGUACCUGUGGCUGGACUCAGCCUUCCCAGCCCGGGGCGUGCGGAGCCUCAGGACGGUGCUGAAGAAAGUCCUGAUCGAUCAGGCGGUGGCAUCGCCCAGCAUGGGAGCCUGGUUCUUCCUGGGCAUCGGCACCUUGGAGGGCCAAUCUCUCCAGGAGAGCUGGGACGAGCUGAAGGAGAAAUUUUGGGAAUUCUACAAGGCUGACUGGUGCGUGUGGCCGGCGGCGCAGAUCCUGAAUUUCCUCUUUGUGCCACCCACGUACCGCGUGGUUUAUGUCAACGUGGUGACUCUGGGCUGGGACACGUACCUGUCCUACCUCAAAUACCGGGAUCCACCGCGGCAGAGCCAGCGCAGCGCCGGGGCGUAGAGAGGGGACGAGGCCAUUCCAGAGGCUCCUGCCUGCACCAAAUGGAUUUUUGGGCACUGUGGAAUGAGGGAAUGGAUGGCCAGAGCCAGCCCUCCACGUACCUGCUGCUGAUUAACUCAUCUGCUAAUUACAGCCAUGGGUUGGGGUUGUAACAA